CUCCGUGAUCCUAUGUGGCCUUGACCGGGCUCCCCGUCACCGCCUCUAUACCACCUGUUAUGUCCUUGAGUCCUGUGACCCCUGUGCUCCGAUCCCUUUGCAGACCUGCAGAGGCGGUGGCGAUGCAGCCGGGUACCCUGGCAGCGGCAGCGGAACGCGAGGACGCGGAGCUGCGGUGCCGCGUGGCUGUGGAGGAGCUGAGCCCGGGCGGGCAGCCACGAAGGCGCAAGGUCCUCCGCGCGGCGGAGCUGAGCCUGGGCCGGAACGAGCGCCGCGAGCUGAUGCUGCGGCUGCAGCUGCUGCUCUCGGACUGCGCCCCGGACCGCCUGCGCCGCUUCCUGCGCAUGCUGAGCCUCAAACUGGCGGCGGCCCCGGGUCCCGGGCCGUCCUCCGCCCGCACGCAGCUGCUUGGCCCGCGGCCCCGCGACUUCUUCACCAUCAGCCCGGUGCAGCCCGAAGAGAGGAGGCGCGCAGCGGCCACCAGGAUCCCCGACACGACGCCGGUGAAGCAGCCCACGGAGUCCCGAGUGGGGGCCGAGCCCAACACCGAAGCCCCAAGGUGGCCCCUGCCUGUGAAGAGGCUGAGCUUGCCCCCCAGCAAACCACAGCUUUCUGAGGAACAGGCUGAGGUGCUGAGGGUUGUCCUGAAAGGCCAGAGCAUUUUCUUCACUGGGAGUGCAGGGACUGGGAAGUCUUAUCUGCUGAAGCGGAUCCUGGGCUCACUGCCUCCCACAGGCACGGUGGCCACUGCUAGCACUGGGGUGGCAGCCUGCCACAUUGGGGGUACCACCCUCCAUGCCUUUGCAGGCAUUGGCUCCGGUCAGGCUCCCCUGGCCCAAUGUGUGGCCCUGGCCCAGCGGCCAGGUGUGCGGCAGGGCUGGCUGAACUGCCAGCGGCUGAUCAUUGAUGAGAUCUCCAUGGUGGAGGCGGACUUAUUUGACAAGCUAGAGGCUGUGGCCAGAGCUGUCCGGCAGCAGAAUAAGCCAUUCGGAGGGAUCCAGCUCAUCAUCUGUGGGGACUUCCUGCAGCUGCCACCUGUAACCAAGGGCCUCCAGCCCCCACAGUUCUGCUUUCAGGCCAAGAGCUGGAGAAGGUGUGUCCCAGUGACCCUGGAGCUGACCAAGGUGUGGAGGCAGGCAGACCAGACCUUCAUCUCUCUGCUGCAGGCUGUGAGACUGGGCAGGUGCUCAGAUGAGGUGACCCGCCAGCUCCAGGCUACGGCCACCCACAAGGUGGGUCGAGAUGGGAUUGUGGCCACGAGGCUCUGCACCCACCAGGAUGAUGUGGCCCUUACCAACGAGAGGCGGCUGCGGGACCUGCCAGGUGAGGUACACAGCUUUGAGGCCAUGGACAGUGACCCUGAGCAAGCCCGGACUCUGGAUGCCCAGUGUCCUGUUAGCAAGCUCCUUCAGCUAAAGCUGGGGGCCCAGGUGAUGCUGGUGAAGAACCUAGCGGUGUCCCGGGGCCUGGUGAACGGCGCCCGAGGGGUGGUAGUUGGGUUCGAAACUGAGGGGAGAGGGCUGCCCCAGGUACGGUUCCUGUGUGGAGUCACUGAUGUCAUCCGUGCUGACCGCUGGACGGUGCAGACCACUGGGGGCCAGCUCCUCAGCCGGCAGCAGCUGCCCCUCCAGCUGGCCUGGGCCAUAUCCAUCCACAAGAGCCAGGGGAUGUCCCUGGAUUGUGUGGAGAUCUCUCUGGGCCGUGUAUUUGCCAGCGGCCAGGCCUACGUGGCUCUUUCCCGGGCCCGAAGCCUGCAGGGCCUUCGUGUGCUGGACUUUGAUCCCAUGGUGGUUCGCUGUGACCCCCGUGUGCUGCGCUUCUAUGCCACCCUGCGGCGGAGCAGUGGCCUUGGCCUGGAGUCCCCCAGUGAUGACGAGACAGCCUCAGACCAGGAGAAUGUGGACCCAGCCCAGCCUAGCACAGCCAGGACCAACACCCUCCUGAGCCUGACUCGAGAAGACGCACUGCAAACUGUGUGCCUGUAUCUUAAGCUGCUUUUUAGGGAAAGAAAUAAUGUUUGGGGAUUGAAAUGGAUGUUCUCAGAUUAUAUUUAUCUAGGACAAAUAAACUUGUGAAUUGUGUAAGGACUGUGA